CGUUGCUUCUCUACCGAAGGACGAGGGAGGAGGAAUCUAAUAGAAGCCAUUGGUUUAUCAUAGUGUAGACAAUCGAGUUUGAUAUAGCUUGACAAAAGGAAUAUUUCAGACCACAUAUUAAUUAUAUAGAGACUGUCUCUAUAUCUACAAUUUACGAGACCUGUUAUUGUGUGGUAGAGUCUCCAAUUAGGUGUUGUUGGAAGCAGUUUAGCAUUGUUUAUAUUGUGCUAGGAGCUUGGAGGAGGCCCAAUCUGCUGUAAUAAGCGGCCGCCUCAUACUCGGAGUGUUGUUUUGAGGUCCGGCAUUUUCACGCACCAAAGAAUAUGAAACAGGGGCCACAAUGACAUCCAGAUUUGGUAAAACCUACAGCCGAAAGGGAGGAGAGGGGACUUCCAAGUUUGACGAGGUCCUUUCCAACAAGAGAGCCACACUCAGCACCAAAUGGGGUGAGACGACAUACAAAGCCAAGGUGAGCUCCAAGCGUUCAGGGGCCUGGACAGAACUGGCUGAGCAUCCCAAGAAGGCCAGGGUGUCGGACGAUAGCUCAGAGGAUCCAUUUGGGUUUGACAGCGAUGAGGAGUCUAAACCCGUCACCUCCAGAAGCCAGGUUAAGGCCUCCCCUGCCAAGCCUGCUUCUGCAGAACCUCCCCAGGCAGAGAGACCAGGCCUCAGCUUGGAGGCCUCCAGUAGUAGAAUCAGCCAGCAGGCCAGUUUGCUAGCAUCGGCACCCAGGACGUCCAGCUCGACCAGUGAUAGGAACCAGUUGAGGGUGAUGGACACAGCCCGGUUCUUCAACACCACAACUUCUGCUAAGCCCCAGCAGAGCUGGUCCGCUCAGGGCGACACUCCAGAGAAGCAGCACAGCUACUCCUGGUACAGCAACGCCUCUGAGAGCGACAAGAAGCCCUUGGCCCAAACCACCACUCUCAAGACGGAGGCCAAAGAGGCCUACGACUCCUGGGACGCCGUCAUCGGCCUCCGCUCCACCUCCCCGACCCCCGAGCCUCCCAGGAACCAGCCCUCCAUGGGCUGGGCCUCCUCGGUGAGGUCCGGGUCGGGGCCGGUGGGCUACAGCAUAGGCCUGGGCCGGGACCGGACCCUGGGGGCGGGCCGGGAGGAGAAGCCCCCCCCUCCGGAGCUGACCAGUGAGAGUGAGGAAGUGGGCCAGGGGGACUGGGAGGUUCCGAGCGAGCCCUCCGACAACUCCCAGUCUCUCCUCAGAACCUCCAACUGCCGGACCUACCGCCGGCCCAACAAGCAGGGUAAGGACGGCACCAGCACCAGCAGCAGCGUAGCCGCCAAGCCCAGCAGCACAGAGCCGACCAAACCAGCGGGCCGAGGCAGGACGAGAGACUACACGGUCCUGCACCCGUCGUGUGUGUCUGUGUGUAACGUCACCAUCCAGGACUCGCUGGACCGCAGCAUGGAGGACAUGGCCAACGCCACCGUCAACACCACCGCAACCGUCGCCCUGGGAGACCUGGGGGAGGCCGGACGUCUGAGGAAGAAGGCCGAUACCGCCCCCGCCGCCAAACCGACCAGGCUCAAACCCACUCAGAGCAAGUCAAAGAAGGACACCAAGCUGGACUUCUUUGGUUUCGAGGAGAAGGAGGUGCCCCUGGAGGAGGGGGAGGAGACCCCUGACACCUCAGAGGGCUCCAAGUACAAGAUCAAGUACUUUGGCUUCGACGACAUGAGUGACAGUGACAGUGAUGAGGAAGACUCCCAGGCCAGGGAGAGGAGGAAGGCCCAGAGGGCUGCUGCUGCCGCCGCCGUCGCUGCCGCCGUCAUGGAAACUGAGGUGGAGAGUCCGCCACCGAGUGACAGUCAGGACAGUUGGACCAGAGAGGACCCAGAGCAGAGUGAAGCCCACCUGCUCAGGCCAGACGUGCUGGAGUUCCCAGAGGAGCCGUCUCUGGCUGUGCCCGAGGCCUUCAGGAGACCCCAGGGGGGCAGGCCAGCAGAGAAGUCCAAGGAGAGCAGCAGGAAGAUCUUCAGUGGUCCCAAGAAGUCUCCCACCAAAGCUGUGUACAACGCCAGACACUGGAACAGACCAGAGAGCGAGGAGCUUCCCCCGCCAGCCCUGCCUCCUUCACAGACGGCCCCCGCCGGUGUUUCAGGUUCCAGUAAAGACACCAACUCCCACAAAGACGACGGGGUGUUCAAGGCCCCGCCCCCUCCCCCCAAGGUCAUCAAAUCGGUGUCCUUCCCCACAGAGCCCUACCAGGACAUUGUCACCGCACUGAAAUGUAGAAAAGAGCACAAGGAGCUGUACACGGUAGUCCAGCAUGUCAAGCACUUCAACGACGUGGUGGAGUUUGGAGAGAACCAGGAGUUCACUGACGACUUUGAGUACCUGGCCACAGGACUGAAGACUGGUCAGCCCCUCAACACACGCUGCCUUAGUGUCAUCAGCCUGGCCACCAGGUGUGCCAUGCCCAGCUUCAGAAUGCACCUACGGGCGGCGGGCAAGGUGGCUCAAGUCUUUAAAACCCUCAACGACGCCCCCCAGCACCCGAACCUGUCCCUGUGCACAGCCUCCCUCAUGUACAUCCUGAGCCGGGACCGUCUGAACAUGGACCUGGACCGGGCCAGCCUGGACCUGAUGCUGCGCCUGCUGGAGCUGGAGCAAGGCCACUCGGGCUCCGACGCCCAGCUCAGCGCCAAGGAGAUGGCCAAGGUCAAGGAGAAGAUCCGCAAGCUGUGCGAGACGGUCCACAACAAGCACCUGGACCUGGAGAACAUCACGACGGGGCAUCUAGCCAUGGAGACCCUGCUGUCCCUUACCUCCAAGAGGGCGGGAGACUGGUUCAAGGAGGAGCUGAGGCUUCUGGGAGGUCUGGACCACAUAGUAGAUCAAGUGAAAGAGUGCGUGGGGAACCUCAGCCAGGAAGAUGACAAGGAGAAGCUGGUGGCCUCGCUCUGGGGGGCCGAGAGAUGUCUGCGAGUGUUGGAGAGUGUUACUGUACAUAACCCAGAGAACCAAGGCUACCUGAUCGCAUACAAAGACUCAUCCCUCAUCGUGUCCUCAGCAAAGGCCCUGCGUCACUGUGAGGAGAUGAUCCAGAGGUACAGCCGCCAGGUGGCCGUGCCCGGCCCCGCCCUGCCCCACGCCAGCCACAGCAACGUGGGCAAGGCCGUGGAGGACUGCAUGAGGGCCAUCAUCGGCCUGCUGCUCAACCUCACCCACGACAACGAGUGGGGAAGCACUAAAACAGGCGAGCAGGAGGACUUCUUGGUCACAGCUCUGAACUGUGUGCUGCGGGCUCCCCAGUACCUGGCUCAGGAGCAGCGCUUCGACAUCAGAGUCCUGGGCCUGGGCCUGCUUAUCAACCUGGUGGAGUACAGUGCGAGAAACCGCUACUGCCUGGUGGAGAUGGAGAUGGAGGGGGGGGCUCCCUGGGAGAGCGUCCUGGCCCCCACCCAGGAGGAGCUGAAUACGGGCUCGCUCAGCGCCAUCGCUGCCCUGGUCCAGCUGUUCCUGCAGCGCGAGCGCGCCGCCGUCAUGGCCGAGGCGGAGACGGACGACUUCAUCAACGACGCGCCCAAGCCGGCGCUGGACCAGAGCGGAGAGUGGCAGGAGACGGGCGGGGAAAUCCAGUGGGUGGCGGCCGAGAACCACUCUGAGAUCGAAGCUGCCAAGGACAAGAAGAAGGAGGAGGAGGACGAGGAGCUGGACCUCAACAAAGCCCUGCAGCAUGCUGGCAAGCACAUGGAGGACAGCAUCGUGGCCUCCUACACUGCCCUGCUACUGGGCUGUCUCUGCCAGGGGAGUCCGACUAAUGUGACUACUGUUAGAGAGAACCUGCCAAAAGGAGACUUCUCCAUCAUGACGGAGAUGCUCAAGAAGUUCCUCAAUUUCAUGAACCUGACGUGUGACGUAGGUACAGCAGGACAGAAGUCCAUCUCGCGGGUCAUUGACUAUUUGGAGAACUGCUAAAAAAGCAUGUCUGUCCUACCCCCUUUCUCUCUCACACACACACACUGGUCAAACUGGGGCUGACCACACACACACACUGGUCAAACUGGGGCU